AUGCCGUCUGCGAAAACCAACAUUCUCGCGAUUUCGAUUGCGAUCCUAACGGCACUCCUCUCCUCAUAUGUUCCACAAAUCAACCAAGUUUUCGUCGACAAAGCCGUCGAACAUGGAAUCGCCUUACCCCAAAUACUCAUCCUGCCACCUACCGUCACCGAUGUGACUCGCGACGUCAAAUACAUCGGAAGCUUCUCUGCCGGAGUAGAUCAUUUCCAGAAUAUCUUCUAUGCAGAGGAGCCAACCGGCCCGCGACGCUUUGCUCCUCCGGUUCCUGUCAAGCCUGCCAAGGGAUCGGUGAUCGAUGCUACCCGCCCCGGUGCAUGGUGUCCGCAAGGAACCGGGGUUAUUCUGCCGUUCACCAGUCUGGUGACUAAUGUGAGCGAGAACUGUCUGAGCUUGAGGAUUGCAAGACCGAGGGGGGUCAAGAGGGGAGAGAAGCUGCCCGUUGUGGUGUAUCUGCAUGGAGGUGGUCAUGCGUUGGGCUCGGCUUCGGAUAUUCUGUAUAAUCCUGAUGGCUUGGUGAAAGAAGCUGUUGCUUCUGGAACACCGGUGAUUUACGUGGGGAUCAACUAUCGGCUGGGAUUCUUCGGCUUUGCGACAAGUAGAGCCAUGAUCGAGACCAAACAGACAAAUGCUGGACUACGCGAUCAGCGAUCGGCUUUGGAAUGGGUACGGGAUAACAUCGAAGCAUUUGGAGGUGAUCCCAUGAGAGUAACUGCCAUCGGCCAAAGCGUAGGAGCAAGCGACAUUGGCCUGCACCUGCUCUCCUUCAACGGGACCCAGGGUGUUCCAUUUCAACAGGCUGUGAUGAUGUCCGGCGCUCCAGGGUUGAACUUCAAUAGCAACCCCGAACUAGUCGCAAACAACACAGCCAACAUAGCCAGCCAAGUCGGAUGCGUCGAUGACGCCGACUCCCAGUCCAUCAAAACAUUAGAAUGUCUCCGAACAAUCCCCGCCGACGUCCUCACUAAUUUAACCGUCACCUCCGCUCGCGCUGCUCGUCCCCCAUUUGGCGAAGGCUACUUCUACCCGACCAUCGACAAGGACUUCCUUCACGGCAGACCCUCUGAGCUCCUACGCGAUGGUAAACUGGUCAAGGGUGUUCCCAUAAUUGCGUCCUGGGUGGCCAACGACGGCGCGUGGUACGCCCCACCCCAUAGUGCAACCGACGAAGAGGUCCUAGAUAGUUUCGGACUUUGGCUGUACAACCUGUCAUCGUCGACGAAAGAGAGACUGUUGGACUUAUAUCCGGUGGAAGAGUUCGAUCACAUGGUCCGAGAAGGCUAUGAUGGCCCUAUUUCCGCGCACUACUAUCGUGCCGCACAGAUGAACCGAGACAUCUGGUUCACCUGCCCGGUUCUAGACUUCACGUGGAACUAUGUUCAGAACAAGGGAGCGAACUUAUCAGAUGUGUGGUUGUACGAACACAAUGCGACUCGAUACACGCCCGUGUUCGAGGCCAUGGGUGUGCCAAUGUGGCGAGUUGCUCACCUGAGUGAUAUCCCAUACGUGUUAAACAACCCUGGUCUGGUGGGUGGUGCGGAUAAUUCAGAUGACCAACGGGAACUGGGGAGAACGGUCAGUCGCGCGAUUAUUGGGUUUGUUCAUUCUGGUACCCCACAAAGUGAAGCUCGGAGUUGGCCAUUCGCAUUCUCUGGCAUUGCGACGGAGCAGCUCUUGGGUGAUUAUCCAACCAAACUCACCAUCCAAGUAUUCGGGGGUGAUCAGCACGCCGAGACAGUGACUGUCAGCAAGGAUGAUGACUCUAAACGCCGGACAGUGGUAGAGAAUGCGGUAUCUUGGGAAAGGCUCUUCGACCGAUGCGAAUUUAUCAACAGUCCGCAGAUGCGUCAGGAAGCCGGGGUGUAG